UUGGUACCGACCGAGUGCCAUCCUCAUUUCACUUGACCGAGUCCGAGCUCCAGCCCACGGUAGGAGCUGCAAGGGCUGGGCAGAGUUCCAGGCGAGAGGGGCCGAGAGGCGUGAGCAGCGCGCCACUGCGCUCGUCAGAGAAAUGGAGCGGCGGCUUCUUUGUGGGCUGCUACAUCCCCCUCCCGGGGGCACGGCGGGGACAUUUGAUCUGCAGGGUGAUUGAUAAGUGCGGGAGAGGGGCGGCCGUCCCUACCUCCCCCCCCACCGCCCCCGUUCUUCUUCCCCCCCUCCCUCUCGGCUCUCUCCCUGCUUCCUGCCAGAAGCGCUGCCCGGUGGCGAGCCGCUCCAGUGGGGAUCUGCCUGCCCUUGGGGGCGCCGCCCGCGCUCGCCGCCGUGACCCCCGGCUUCCCGGCGCGCCGGUCCGAGGCUGGACCGGCUCCCGCGCCUCCCGGCUGGCCGAUGCUGCGGGCGCCUCCGGGGGAAGCUGCGGGUGGCGCGCUCGCCGGAUGCUAAACUACUGGCGGACUGCAGAGGAGAGGGGUCCCGUCUUCUCCUGAUGUUUAAAAAAAAAAAAAAAGUAAAGCAAUUUCUGCUGCGAGCCUAAGAGGGGCGAGCCGCCCGAGAUCUCUUCAAGAUACCCCAGGGGAGGAGGUGAUGGGCUGGAUUUAGUAGGACAACUCGAUUACUAAUGACUCCGCGGCUGGCUGCGACCCGCCGGGAAAUCAGGUGCAAGCAUGUUUGCCUGUAGGUACCUGAACUGACACCGACGGUGCCUAAAGAUGCUGAGCGGCGUUUGGUUCCUCAGUGUGUUAACCGUGGCCGGGAUCUUACAGACGGAGAGCCGCAAAACUGCCAAAGACAUUUGCAAGAUCCGCUGCCUGUGUGAAGAGAAGGAAAACGUCCUGAAUAUUAACUGCGAAAACAAAGGAUUUACAACUGUCAGCCUGCUCCAGCCGCCCCAGUAUCGAAUCUAUCAGCUUUUCCUCAAUGGAAACCUCCUGACGAGACUGUACCCUAACGAGUUCGUCAAUUACUCCAACGCUGUGACUCUCCACCUGGGCAACAACGGGCUGCAGGAGAUCCGAACUGGGGCGUUCAGCGGCCUGAAAACCCUCAAGAGACUGCACCUCAACAACAACAAGCUCGAGGUGCUGAGGGAAGACACCUUCCUGGGCCUGGAGAACCUCGAGUACCUCCAGGCCGACUACAAUUACAUCAGUGCCAUCGAGGCAGGGGCGUUCAGCAAACUGAAUAAGCUCAAAGUGCUCAUCCUGAAUGACAACCUUCUGCUGUCGCUGCCCAGCAAUGUGUUCCGCUUCGUCCUGCUGACCCACUUAGACCUGAGAGGGAACAGGCUGAAAGUGAUGCCUUUUGCUGGCGUCCUUGAGCACAUUGGAGGGAUCAUGGAGAUUCAGCUGGAGGAGAACCCAUGGAAUUGCACUUGUGACUUACUUCCUCUCAAGGCUUGGCUGGACACCAUAACUGUGUUUGUCGGGGAGAUUGUCUGUGAAACUCCCUUUCGACUGCAUGGGAAAGAUGUGACCCAGCUGACCAGGCAAGAUCUCUGUCCCAGAAAAAGUACCGGCGACUCCAGCCAGAGGGGCAGUCAUGCAGACACGCACGUCCAAAGGCUGUCGCCCACCAUGAAUCCCGCUCUCAACCCAACCAGGGCUCCCAAAGCCAGCCGGCCCCCCAAAAUGAGAAAUCGCCCGACUCCCAGGGUCACCGUGUCAAAGGACAGGCAGAGCUUUGGGCCGAUCAUGGUGUACCAGACCAAGUCCCCCGUGCCCCUCACCUGCCCCAGCAGCUGUGUCUGUACCUCUCAGAGCUCAGACAAUGGCCUAAACGUAAAUUGCCAAGAAAGGAAGUUCACGAAUAUCUCCGACCUGCAGCCCAAACCUACCAGUCCAAAGAAGCUCUACCUGACAGGGAACUAUCUUCAAACUGUCUAUAAGAACGACCUCUUAGAAUACAGUUCUUUGGACUUGUUGCAUUUAGGAAACAACAGGAUUGCAGUCAUUCAGGAAGGUGCCUUCACAAACCUGACCAGUUUACGCAGACUUUACCUGAAUGGCAAUUACCUUGAAGUGCUGUAUCCUUCUAUGUUUGAUGGACUGCAGAGCUUGCAGUAUCUCUAUUUAGAGUAUAAUGUCAUCAAGGAGAUUAAGCCACUGACCUUUGAUGCUUUGAUUAACCUACAGCUACUGUUUCUGAAUAACAACCUGCUGCGCUCCCUACCCGAUAAUAUAUUUGGGGGAACGGCCCUCACCAGGCUGAAUCUGAGAAACAACCAUUUUUCUCACCUGCCUGUGAAAGGGGUUCUGGAUCAGCUUCCGGCGUUUAUCCAGAUAGAUCUGCAAGAGAACCCAUGGGACUGCACCUGUGACAUCAUGGGGCUAAAGGACUGGACGGAACAUGCCAAUUCCCCGGUCAUCAUCAAUGAGGUGACCUGCGAAUCUCCCGCAAAGCAUGCCGGGGAGAUCCUGAAGUUUCUGGGGAGGGAAGCUAUCUGUCCCGACAGCCCCAACUUGUCAGACGGAACCGUUUUGUCCAUGAAUCACAACACAGACACUCCUCGGUCGCUUAGUGUGUCUCCCAGUUCCUAUCCGGAGCUCCACACCGAAGUUCCACUUUCCGUCUUAAUUUUAGGAUUGCUUGUUGUCUUUAUCUUAUCUGUCUGUUUUGGGGCCGGCUUAUUCGUCUUUGUCCUAAAGCGCAGAAAGGGGGUGCCCAGUGUGCCGCGGAGUGCCAACAACCUAGAUGUCAGCUCCUUCCAGCUACAGUAUGGGUCUUACAAUACCGAGGCUCAGGAUAAAAUGGACGGCCACGUCUAUAACUAUAUCCCCCCACCUGUGGGGCAGAUGUGCCAAAACCCCAUCUACAUGCAGAAGGAGGGAGACCCAGUAGCCUAUUACCGAAACCUGCAAGACUUCAGCUAUGGCAACCUGGAGGAGAAGAAAGAAGAGCCAGCCACGCUGGCUUACACGAUAAGUGCCACUGAGUUGCUUGAAAAGCAAGCCACGCCGAGAGAGCCCGAGCUGCUGUAUCAGAAUAUCGCGGAGCGAGUCAAGGAACUUCCCAGUGCAGGACUAGUCCACUAUAACUUUUGUACCUUACCUAAAAGGCAGUUCGCCCCUUCGUACGAAUCUCGACGCCAAAACCAAGACAGAAUCAAUAAAACCGUUUUAUACGGAACUCCCAGGAAAUGCUUUGUGGGGCAGUCAAAACCCGACCACCCUUUACUGCAAGCUAAGCCGCAGUCAGAACCAGACUACCUCGAAGUUCUGGAAAAACAAACUGCAAUCAGUCAGCUGUGAAGGGAUGCUGCUCCGAACUGUUGGAGGCACUACAUUUGCUUUUGUGUGUGUUUGUGUUCUCCCUCCCUCAGCAUCAAUGGGGGACUGUGAAAAUGUUUGGGGGAUGGGGCGAAGCAAUGAUACUGCUUUUCCAAGUUUUCCUUUAAAUUAUUUCUCUCUUGCUUCCCCCGCACCCCACUCUCUCUUCCUCCUCCCCCUCCCCCCAAUUCUCUCCUUAGGAAUCAUCAGUGAACAUGAAUGUUUCUACAGUGCAUUUUGUUCAUAUAUUUUGUUUAUGGUUUUGUUUCUUUUUUCUUCUUUUAUUUUUCCAGUGUGGGAAUGGGAAGAGGAGAUUAUAGUGAAUGAAGAAAGAGUAAGCAGACUUUUCACGUAAAAAUGGAUAUUUAGCGUAUUUUGUAGAAGAUCUCCAAAGAUCUUUUGAGACCAUAAAUUCUUUUGUAAAUAAUGAUAUAUGGUAUUUCCGUCUUCAGUUACCAAGUAUAGCCACUAGGCAUCACUUCUUUGUGUUAAAGUGCCUUUGCACUUUAAGUACAUUACUUAAGUGUUGCUUUUAGCUUCGAUAAAUUGAACAUAUUUUAAUGUGUUGUAUUUUUGAAAUUAAAAACACUGUAAAAUAGAUAAAAAUGUCAGCUAUAUUAAGUCAACAUACAGUUUGCUUGAGUUAUAGAAACCAGCCUGUCAUCAAAUGAUUCUAGUUGUAGGACUUUAGAGAUUUAACUGUAAAAUAUUUCCUUUCCUCUGGGUUUGUUCUAAGUGAUUUUAUUUAAGUCAACUAAGGGGAUUUAACAGUGGACUAGAGGUAAGAAGCUGCCUCAGUCGGGAUUAGUAAUUCAUUAAUAAAAGAUAUUUAACCCAAUCUCAGAGUGCAUUGAACAAUUAAUGCCCUUCCGUAAACCAUUAUUUUACACUAAUGUGGUCAGUGUUUUAGAUUAUUUUCCUAAUUAAGAGUGCAUUACACAACUUGUAAUAUAUUUUUUCUGCAUUAAAUUAGAUAUUUUUAUAUAUUUAAAUGACAGAGUCUGUAUUUCUAACUUUUUAAUUGAUAUUAAUAUUUUUUCUGCCUAUUGAAACACUUUCUAUAAACACACACCAGUAGAGGCCGCCACACACCUCAUUUAAUAAAGACAUAUGAGCCAUUAAAUACCUUGAAGGAACCCCUUCAAAGGUGAGAUUAAAACAUCCCAAGUAAGUUCUCUGCAAAUUCAAGGCAGCAGAGACAAACGUGUACAUCACUUUCUAUUUCUUUUAGGAUUAAAGAUUAGGCUCCGAAUCCUCAAUUUUCACAUUUUCUGAGAAAGCAGCGUUUUCCUCUUACAUUUAUUGAAGCGUUAAUGAGGUGCUAUCAGAUCACGUACUCUUUGCAUCUCCAAAUCAAUUAAAAAGUACCUGAACCAAGAAAGGAAGCAUCUUUUCUCGUCUGCCUUCUUUAGGCAUGUGUUACUUGAAUUCUUCCCUGUCAGCUCAAGCAAGCCUUUCGUUUUGGUCUUAGCAUUAGAAUGAUUUUAACUAACCAAGUCUAUAUAACGUUUAUGAAGGCUUAUUAGCCUGUAAAGAAUUUUUAGAUGCAAACAUUAUUGUGCGAUUUGAACAAACAGCCCUUCUUUACAACAAAACAUAGUUUUGUUUUGUCUAUUGUAAAUCCUUAUGCAACUGGGAUGGUGAUCUGCAUAUAAAGUAGUCCAGCUUUUCAAUUCCUUAUUAAAGCAAUUGAUGGCGUCUGAAAGAAGCACACUGUUUCCUUUUCAUAAAUAGGUUACUGCACAUAAUAAUCCUUUAUUAUCAUGUGGAGAUUGAAGUGGAUCCUGAUAACUUACUUUUAAAGCUUUAAAAUGACUAAUAGUAUAUUGUCUGUCACUAUAAACAAUUCAUGUGAUAGGCUUGCAAUUAGAAAUUACUUAAGUCCAAAUGAUUUGGAUUAAGAACUACUGGUGCAAAAUCGUUGUUUUUUUUUUUUUUUUAACAAUAGAAGUUAAUUGUGUAUAUUUGAAUGUAAAUGGCAUUCGGGGAAAAAAUGCCCUUAACAACCUAAAAUCUCUGAAUAUCUACAGUGACAAGCUAACAUGUUCACUCUUUGAUUAGAGAUCAUAAUUACUAUUCAAAUCCAUUAGAUCAAAGUCAAGAAUGGUGGCCCGAAAUGAUGUACAAGAAAGUUAAUGUAGUGAGAUUUUACAUUUCAUACAAGAGGAGAGAGAAUAUUAUGCUAACUGAAUUUGGAGACAGCUCCCAGAAAAACCACCUCCUCUUUGAGUGAAGUAUAUACAUAUACGUGUGUGUGUGUGUUUUAUAUAUAUAUAUACAUAUAUAGAUAUAUACAUAUAUAUACAUGUUAUAUAUAUAUAUAAAAGAGUUUCAAAAAUCUUCUUGUGGCUGCUUUCAUUUGGUGCAAUGAUAAACACAGAAUACAGAGGUAGAUAUUUUGGGAAGUGAUUAUAAAGGCAAAUUAGGAUACAUAUCCUGUUAAGAUAGUUUUUAAGUUUAAACUAUACAUCUAACUAGAGCUACUGAUGUAGUGACUCUACGUCAGGGUUUGUUCUCAUUCACCUGAAAGUCAUUCCAUUAUCCAUAGAAAAACCCAUUUCAUUGAUCUUAAACAGAGAUAGCUUAAUAUUCAUGUAGUUACAUGAUUUUUAAGAGGCCUCCUGGAAGAACUCAGAUUCAUACACUCUCUCGCUUAGUACUUAUGGUGCAAAUCCAGAUUCUCACGUUCUUUAGAUUUCUACUUCAUUUGUAUUAGGUUUUAAGAUGAAAUUGUUUGAAUGUGGGUCAGACUAUUUCAUUUAAAAGGCCUCAUACACCAUAUACUCUGAAGCUUUAUUUCCUAAUGCAAUCACAAAUACUUUUACGUUUAUUAACUUAUUAGCAUCCCCACCGACUAUAUUAUUUUGCUUUAUCCACUCAAGUGCUAUUUUAUUGUAGGAUUUUGUUUUUAUCUCCUACAGCUGGAUUUUGCUAUUUCACUUUUAUUUCCUAUGCAACCUGUAAUGGGCAUGAGCAUCAGCACAGCGAAAUGGUUCCAGCCAACAGAGUGCGAUCUCCCCCGGUCCUGCCUGGAACAGAUCUAUGUGUCUGGCCCUACAAAUGGCAAAUGGUAAUUUCCUUCGAUUCUAGCUCUUAAUGAUUUGCUUUCAUUGUUUCUGAGUAUACCUGUGGCUAAGUUUGUAUUGAAACACUCAAAAGUACUAUUUCUCGGUCUGGACACAACUGCCAAGUUUGAUUUGGUUUUGGACUUUAGUCAAUCUGUUUGCCUUUUUUGUUCCCUCCAGCAGUUGGUGAGUAAGGAAAUGACUCUUCAAAUUCCUCUGCUUUGCCCUCUGACCUCUAAGGUGAUUUAAUUUUUCUAAAUAUUUCCAUGUCAUCAAGGGCUCCAUAUUUUAAUGGAUUCUAAAAAAAAAACACCCAUAUAGGGAACAAGAGAGAGAUUCUGUGAUUUUUAAGACUCUGGAAAUUCAUUUUGACUGUACACAUUCCAGAAACAUACUGGAUUGGAUGCUAGAGUGAAGAAAGCUUUUCAGACGAUUCUCCCAAUUCAAUCAUUUCUUCAUUCAUUCAUUCGUCCAAUAAAUAUUUAUUGAGUGCUUGCUUCCUAGGUGCCAGGCUCUAUGAUGUGUGCUGGGUGGGGGGCAGAGAGAUAGAUAGGAUCUCUGCCCCCCCCAACCCUCCCCAACCCCCCCCCCCCCAGGGAGCUAACAGCUAAUAAAGGAGAACCUUAUUUGAAUGACAAUCGCCCAGAGUCAACAGUGAGAACAGUAAAGAAAUGCAGGAAGUUGGAUUUUUUUAAAGGUGAUUCUGUGCAAUGAAGUAUAAGAGUAAGACGUCAUAGACUAGCUACAGUGUAACCACCGUUAACAUCUCUUUUAAAAUUACGCAGCUAAAAAGGGGGAAAACCCCACAAAAAUAAAACAAAUUUCUGCAGGACAGGGCCCAAUAUUAUGGCCUCAAGAUAGCUACAGACUUGGGCUAUCUAAAGAUCUACAUUAUAAAGAUGAGUCGUCCCCAAACUGUAAAUACAAAAUCACAAACGUACUUAAAUUUUCUGGAAUAGCCAUGUUUUAGAGGCAGUAUUUGCUUUAUAUUUCAGUGGCUUAAAAGGUAACAUUUUGGCUUAAGUGUCCUUUACCAGUACUAUGAUAAGACACUCACCUAGAUCCUGAGAGAGAAAAUUCAGUACUGUAUACAGGUUUACUUUACUUCUCACAAUGGUUGUGCAAGAAGUCACGUGUAAACUGAAAUUUUGUAAAUCAAAUUGUAUUUUCAAUGCAUUAGGGGAGCUGCCACUUAGAGGAAACUUGUGAAUCGUUUUCUAAAGCAGAAAACCAUUUUAUAAUACAAGUCAUCCCUCUAAUUCAUUGGUUUUUGUAUGUUUGGGUUUUCAAUAUCGACUUUGCUUAAACCAGAGCCCACCUGCCGCAUAAGAGUGUGUUCUGCACGUGCUGCAGGUUUCUUGGGUGCUAAGGGCUUGUACUUGAAACUUUGCUGCUCUUUCGUGUGAACUGAGCUACCGAGCGAUUCCAGGAUGUACAGUAGCAUGCCUGAGUGGUCCGAGUAGCCAACCCGCUUCACUCUUGUCCGCAGCAUCUCCUCUCUCAGAUGUGGCUGUGUUUUCUUAGAGGGUAGAGUGACUCCUGUAUUCACAUCCUAUAAAGUGCUUAGAGUCACAGGUUUUAUAAUAAAUAUGUUAUUAUGUAAAUAUAUUGAAUUGCAUGUGCGUUGGAAUUUUUUAGCGGUAUUUUAGCUUGAAAGUACCUGUACAAAUACUGUAAGAGUUAGUGGCAAAUAAUUGUUGUCAAGUUAUUGGAAUAAAUGGCAAAUGAAACAAGCUCUCGUGUAGACUUCUGUACCAAGUAGUGACAUUGUCUAAAAAAACUGAAUGUCAUGG